AUGAUGGUGAGGAAUUGUGUCUUAGGCUGGUUUUUAACAAUCCACUUGUCCCUGGUGACGGCAUGGUAUUUACCAGGGAUAUCACCGAUCAAUUAUUGUCCACCACCGGUUGAUAGUGAAAGUAACUGCAAGAGUGAGAUUACUUUACUCGUUAAUAAGUUGACUUCAAAGAAGUCGUUUAUCUCUUUCCGCUAUGACUCGUUUGAUUUCUGCAGUUUGUCUUCAGAGCCAUCUCCUGUCGAAAAUCUCGGUCAGGUGGUCUUUGGAGAACGUCUAUCACCAUCGAGUUAUGAGAUCAUAUUUGGCAAAGAAGAGACAUGUAAAGUCCUUUGUUCGAAAAAAUAUUCACAUACUGACUACAAGAAAUAUUUAUUUAUUACCAAGGCUAUCAUGAUGGGCUAUGAGCACCAUUGGGUUAUAGAUAACUUACCAGUUACAGUUUGUGUUCAAACUGUAGGCGGAAAAAAGUAUUGUAAAACUUCUAUUCCACUUGGAUGCUUUGAAGGUAAUCAGGAUAAAUUGGAUUCUGUGUGUUUAGGAAUACCUUUGGCCAAACAUCGUACGAUCUUGUUGAAUCAUGUCAGUCUGCACAUUGUCUAUCAUCCAGUUAAAGAUUCAUGGAGUAGGGCAGGAAAUGUUAAAGCUGGACGUAUUCUGUCAGUGAUUGCCAGUCCUAGUAGUAUUGCUCAUCCAAACAAUGCACCGGAUUGUACAUCAAAGCAGUCAUUAAUACUCCCGUCUGAUUUAAAGGAUGAACUUAAAAUAACUUACACAUACAGCGUAACAUUCGAAGAGGAUCUAACGCGUAAAUGGUCAUCUCGUUGGGAUUAUAUUUUGGACACAAUGCCUCAAAGUAACAUUCAGUGGUUAUCUAUUUUGAAUUCAUGUGUGUUAACAUUAUUCCUUUCUGGUCUUCUUGCAACCAUUCUUCUGCGUACACUACGUCGUGAUAUUGCUCGUUACACAGAACUUGAAAGCGCUACCGCUGUUCAAGAGGAAUCUGGUUGGAAAUUAGUUCACGGUGAUGUAUUUCGUCCGCCUAACUGGGGUAUGCUUUUCUCAGUUGUUGUCGGCUCAGGAGUUCAAAUCUUUCAAAUGUUAUUGGUCACCCUAUUUUUUGCAUGUCUUGGAUUUUUAAGUCCAGCCAAUCGUGGUGCGUUGAUGACUUGUGCUUUGGCUGUAUUCGCUUGUUUAGGAGCUUCUUCAGGUUAUGCUUCAGCUCGAAUCUACAAAUUUUUCGGCGGUUUGCGAUGGAAAACUAAUGUUAUACUAACUGCAACAGUUUGUCCUGCCUUAGUUUUUUCAAUGUUUCUUAUUUUGAAUGUCGCACUUUGGAUUUUGGAUAGUGCAACUGCUACUCCAUUUGGCACUAUAGUGGCACUUUUAGCACUUUGGCUUUGUGUUAGUCUACCCUUGUGUUUUCUUGGAGCAUUCUUCGGUUUCAGGAAGCCAGUAUUUGAAACUCCUGUUCGUACUAAUCAAAUACCACGACAAAUACCUUAUCAAAGUUUCUAUAGUAGACCGUUGACGGCAUUUUUCAUUGGUGGAUUAUUGCCGUUCAGUUGUAUAUUCAUUCAAUUAUUUUUUAUAUUCAAUAGCAUAUGGGGAGCACAAUUUUACUAUAUGUUUGGUUUUCUAUUCUUAGUUUUCAUUAUGCUGGUCAUUACAAUAUCUGAGACAUCUAUACUAAUGUGUUAUUUUCAACUGUGUGGAGAGGAUUAUCGCUGGUGGUGGCGUUCACUAUAUACAGGAGCUGGAACAUCAUUCUAUUUAUUUAUUUAUUCCAUUCAUUAUUUUGUGACACGUUUAGAAUUUCAAGAUGCAGUCUCGGCAUUCCUUUAUUUCGGUUAUACAGCCAUCAUUUUAUGGCUUAACUUUUUAUUUACUAGUUCUAUUGGCUUUUACGCGUGUUUCUGGUUUGUUCGAAAAAUUUACGGAGUUGUAAAAGUCGACUAA